GUAGCAAUCAAAACAUUCUCACAUCCUUGGAGACCAAAUCAUACUCCACCACGUCCACGACGAAUUUUCAACGAUAACAGUAUCGACCUGUACGAGAUCUGUUUACCUAAAUUUCUACCUAACGAAAUCAUCAAGAAAUCAUGGCGGAUGAUUCUGCUUCCCAAACACCAACCUUCAAGCUCGUGCUUGUCGGUGAUGGAGGAACUGGAAAGACCACCUUCGUCAAGCGUCAUUUGACUGGAGAGUUCGAGAAGAAAUAUAUCGCCACUCUUGGUGUCGAAGUUCACCCUCUUGGAUUUACUACCAACUUGGGAAACAUUCAAUUCGACGUCUGGGAUACUGCUGGACAAGAAAAGUUCGGAGGUCUCCGUGAUGGAUAUUACAUUAACGGCCAAUGCGGUAUCAUCAUGUUUGAUGUUACUUCCCGUAUCACAUACAAGAACGUUCCUAACUGGCAUCGUGACUUGGUUCGUGUUUGCGAAGGCAUUCCUAUUGUUCUUACCGGAAACAAGGUCGAUGUGAAGGAACGUAAAGUAAAGGCAAAGACCAUCACUUUCCACAGAAAGAAGAACCUCCAAUACUACGACAUUUCGGCCAAAUCCAACUACAACUUCGAGAAGCCUUUCUUGUGGUUGGCCCGCAAGCUCGUUGGUAACCCAACUUUGGAAUUCGUUGCUGCACCAGCAUUGGCACCACCAACUGCACAAGUCGACGAAGAACUCUUGAAGGUUUACCACAAGGAGAUGGAGGACGCCGCCGCUAUGCCACUUCCAGAUGAGGAUGACAACGAUUUGUAAAUCGACCACAAUAAUGUCCAGAGGACCUUCGAUCAAUUAGCAGCAUCUUAGAUAGUUCUUUUUCUCUCGGUGGUAUUUGCAUUUCUCCUGUCGAACGGUUUUGCGGAUAGAGGCAGAUGACGCUCUCUCUUUUACUCGGGGCAGGGCACAUCAGGCCAAGGGGUAUGCUGGGAGGGAUGGAUUGGGAAUUUUACGAGCGACGAACAUCUUGAGAUAGAAUUAAUUCUCGAGAUAUCACUGCCAUUGGCAGCUUAUGUAGCUAGAGCAAAAAGCCAUUAGUUCUUUGAUAGACAACUUUAUGAACUCAAAGGCUUGUAAGGCCAUGCCAGAACAAAAAAGUGGUUAAAGUGUGAUUGACAUGACCGGGAAAAUGGAUUUUUUUUUAAAGUACCA